UUUAGACAGAAAGCAUGAGUUGUGUUGACGUGAGCCACAUCGUUUAAUGCAAACGGUCUCUUCAGUAUUACUAAUAGUAAUAGUUUAAGUAGAUUUGAAGUCCAAUAACAGUGUAUGAGGCUUGUGUAAUUCGCUAAGCUAACGAAAAGAGGCAGAGAUAAUGAGGAAGAUUACGCUUUUGUUGAUAGUGCUGCUCGGUGUGACACACUUUAUAUUACCCGGCCGAUGUGAAGAUGAUGCAAAAGAUGAUUCAGUAGAAGCUCCUGGUGAGGAGGAAGAAGAUGAUGAUGAUGGUGAUGAUGACGACGAUGAUACAGAUGACACUGAAGUUAAGGAGGAGAAUGGGGUGCUGGUCUUGACAGAUAAAAAUUUUGACACCUUCAUUGAGGGCAAAGACACAGUGCUGGUGGAGUUUUAUGCACCAUGGUGUGGCCACUGCAAACAGUUUGCUCCAGAGUAUGAGAAGAUCGCCCAGACGCUUAAAGAGAACGACCCGCCUAUUCCAGUGGCAAAGGUUGAUGCCACUCAGGCUACUGCUUUGGGCAGUAGGUUUGAGGUUUCUGGGUAUCCCACCAUCAAAAUCUUGAAAAAGGGGGAACCGAUAGACUAUGAUGGGGAACGAAGUGAGAAAGACAUUUUGGAACGAGUUAAAGAAGUUGCCCAACCAGACUGGAAACCUCCACCAGAGGCCACCCUAGUCCUGACUAAGGAUAAUUUCGAUGACGUUGUGAACAAUGCUGACAUCAUCUUAGUGGAGUUCUAUGCACCCUGGUGUGGCCACUGUAAAAGACUUGCACCUGAGUAUGAAAAGGCUGCUAAGGAGCUUAGCAAACGCACUCCUCCUAUUCCAUUGGCUAAAGUUGAUGCUACCGCAGAGAGCGAUUUGGCAACCCGGUUUGGGGUUAGUGGCUACCCAACGCUUAAAAUCUUCAGAAAGGGCAAAGCUUUUGACUAUAAUGGACCAAGGGAGAAUUUUGGUAUUGUUGGUUACAUGUCAGACCAAGCAGGUACUCCUUCAAAGCAAGUGCAGUCUCUCAAACAAGUUCAGGAGCUCCUCAAAGACGGAGAUGAUGUUGUGAUUAUUGGUGUUUUCUCCAGUGAAGAAGAUGCUGAAUAUGAGAUCUAUCAAGAAGCAUGUAACUCUUUGCGGGAUGACUACAAGUUUAUACAUGUGUUCAAUGAUGAAGUUGCAAAAUUCCUCAAAGCUUCUCCAGGACAAGUUCUCAUGCUUCACCCAGAGAAGUUUAGAUCUAAAUAUGAGCCAGCAUCUCAUUCACUAUCAAUUAAAGAUUCCACACUUGCUUCAGAAUUGCAAGAUUUCUUUAAGAAACACAUACUACCUUUGGUCGGACAUAGAAAACCGAGCAAUGAUGCCAAGAGAUACACCAAACGACCUCUUGUGGUUGUGUAUUAUGGAGUAGACUUCAGCUUUGAUUACAGAGUUGCGACACAGUUUUGGAGAAGCAAAGUGCUUGAAGUAGCUAAGGACUUCCCUGAGUACACAUUUGCCAUUGCGGAUGAGGAAGACUAUGCUGAUGAAUUGAAAAGUCUUGGACUGAGUGAAAGUGGUGAAGAGGUGAAUGUUGCCAUUCUUGGUGACGGAGGAAAGAAAUAUGCCAUGGAGCCAGAGGAAUUUGAUGUGGAUGUGCUUCGAAGCUUUGUUAAAGCCUUUAAGAAAGGCAAAGUGAAACCCAUUGUAAAGUCUCAACCUACUCCCAAAAGCAACAAAGGACCAGUGAAGGUUGUAGUUGGAAAAACGUUUGAUGACAUUGUGAUGGACACUAAAAAAGACGUACUAAUUGAGUUUUAUGCACCGUGGUGUGGCCACUGUAAAAAGCUGGAUCCAGAUUACACUGCUCUCGGAAAGAAAUACAAGAAUGAGAAAAAUCUUGUCAUCGCCAAAAUGGAUGCCACUGCUAAUGAUGUGCCACAUGAGCGUUAUAAAGUAGAGGGUUUCCCUACAAUCUACUUUGCUCCCAGUAACAGCAAGCAGAGCCCAAUCAAAUUUGAAGGUGGUAAAAGGGACAUGGAGGAACUGAGCAAAUUUGUGGAGAAGCACGCCACAAAAUUAUCACAAAAGAAGGAUGAGCUCUAAGAGAUUCAAAGAAACAAUGAACUUUACAUGAAUGCAGUUGCCAUAAAAUGGUUGAUGUCUGGAGGAAUUUGGUCACCUUCAGAAAAAAAGAAUGUUUUGAUUUAGUUUCUGGUUUUGUAUUUUUUGUUUCUGGGAUCAAAACAUUUAAUAUUUUCAUUCCGAACCAAGCACUGUUUAUUGGAUUUCUUCUUCCAAGUCUUUUAAAUAAAAUAAUGUAAAAUGUAAA